AUGGACAAGUUUACUGCACUCGAACCAACGCGGCUUUAUUCAUCAUCGACGUCGGCUACAAACAAGAGGGCAAGCAGGACAAAACCUAUUUCUCGAUGGAUUGGCAAGCUACCUGCCGACAUUCACUUACUGGUCCUUAACCACCUUCCCAUCCCCGACAUCUCUGCCUAUGCUCGAGCGUCAAGGGCAACCGCUGGUUUAUCUCGCGACGAGAAAUUAUGGGAACGACGAUGGAAUGAUUUAGCUAUUACUCGGAAUGCCCUGGAUGACACGUUAGACGACCUUGAAUCCAAGCAAGAGCCAAAGGCUAACACUCAUUCGCCUCCUACGAUACCUGUGGAUGAUGAUUUCGGAGAAUUCACGUCUGCCCCGCGCACGCCAUCUAUUCCAUCUCUCUCAGCUGCAUUUACAUCUUUUGCGUUCACAGACGCAUCUCCAGGAAAGCAGACUUUCCGCGCCCGGUAUACGCGCGCUCAUUUAAUUCUCAAACAAUGCUUGGCCCCUCUACAUCAGCCACCACAUGCAGUCCUUUCCGCGCUCACACCACUCAUAGGCACAUCUUUGUUGUCCCAGGCUCGUUCUCUCCGCCUACUCAGCUUCUUUCUCUCCCCCCGCGUCCAAUCCGUAAGACAUUGGGACAUUCUUCUCGCCGCUCUGAAGGCUGCUGUAGAUCGCUUUGACGUAUCACUUCUGACAGCAUUUGAUGCUGCUGAUUCUCGUGGAGAUGAAAUGAUGAUGAGACAGGCUGCUCAUGCCAGCUGGGAGGUUUGGCCUGGGUUUGGGGAUUGGGAAAUGGGCAAGGUAUGGGCUGAGAAGCGAGAGAUAUUGUAUGAGCAGGGUCGCUGGAAUCCGCUAGCUAAUUUUACAGACGAAAAUACCCUUGACUUCACACCUAUGGAUGAAUUCAUGGCUAGUAUUAUACGCGCGCUGGAAGAACAUGGCACGAGGGCUGUGUUUGUCUUUCCGCCAGCUGCUGGAGUCCUUAUUGGGUUCGCAGAGCGCGUUGCUAACGAAGUUGUUGGUGAAUACAUAGCUCCGCUGCUGACACGUGCCAGAGAGAUAUCGAAUGCUCUCUAUCUCACUGCCGCGGCUGCCAGCUUCAGGGAAUCAUGGAGGAUUGUGGACGUUCUCACUACCGUGUCUAGUAAUUUCAGCGGCAAAGGUAAAGACAAGGCAGAAGAUGUCGUAUUUAUGAUGUUUGAGCCAAACAUGGACGAAUACCUUGAUGAGGAAAUAGAAUCAUUAAAACAAGCAUUCGAGGUGAUAUGCAAAGAGUGGGACCGGUCGACAUUAGCACUUGCAUCACAUAGUUCACCCACGCAAGCACACCAGACCCGCUUCCUUACUGCGCAGAAUCCAGCUCUCAUGAAACGCACCGUUCUAGCGUCAUUCACUAACGUGCUCUUAUUACCCGUAACCAUAGUCCCGCGUACUGUUGGUGCGGGAGUGGUAGCUGUAGGGGGAGCUGUAGGGGGAGCUGUUGGUGCCGUCGGCACAGGGAUGGUCCAAGGCAUUGCGAUGCUUAAUCCACAGCGGUGGGUCGGUGGCACUGGAUCGGUGAACAACGCAAAAGAGUACGCCAGCUUUGGGGGCGCCGAAGGAGAGGCCGCUAUCUUUGAGAUCGCUUUAUCUACAUCUGCGACAAAACCAACACUGGCGCCAACAGAAAAUCUCGAUCUCUUGUUGUCCCUCGAUGUUGCUCUCCAGUUAAUUCACGCAGACCGCGAUGCGCUCAAACGACUAGAGACAUUUGCGUCGUACCCUGGCCAAUAUGGAAUAAGGGUAAGAGAAACGAUUGAAGAAGCAUUCUGCGAGAUGCUUGGGGUAUUGUGUAACAGGCAUCUAGAGAAAGGUUUCGGGAUAGCAACGGAACGGAUGAAUUCAUACAAACCAUCAGAACACGAAGAAACUGCCAGUGUAGCGCCGCUACUACAAUUUUUUGAGCUCGUCCACGUCGGGGAUACGAUUCAAAGCAUGGUACAAGUAUUCUUUGACAAGGAGCUGGCUCCACACAUCGACAAAACGGACUUCCUGAAUGUGGUCGUGAGAGAAAAGAAACGCUUUGAAAACACGCUCGAUGACUGUGUUGCUGCAGGGCUAAAUGCUGGAACACAGGUGCUAAUGAACCAGGUUGAGCACAUUAUCCUGACACUGACAAAACCACGGGAAUAUUAUCCCCCUGAAGACGCUCCUCUAGAAUUGGGUCCCACUCCGGGCUGUACGGAAGCUAUCCGGUGCCUGGAUACGCAUUGUAGGCUUCUGAAGGGCAGCACGAGCAAGGAGGUGCUUGAAGUGUUCUACCAAGAGGUCGGAAUUCGGUUAUUGGCUAUACUGCAGAAGCAUAUCAAGCGUCAGAUCAUCUCUCUAAAUGGCGGAUUCCAGGUCAUUGCCGACCUCAAUGCUUAUUACUCCUUCGUAGCUUCUCUCAAGGCCGGUUCAUUUUUGCUGAUUUCAGUAACAUUGUGCCUGAUCUCUUGUGAACAGGUGCCCAAUAUUACUGCGGAUUUCUCGCAUUUAAAAAUGUUGGGACACGUCUUUGUUGUGGAAGACGCAAAGGAUCUGGCACAGAUCGUGAGAGAUGUAACAAGAUACGGUGGGGCGUAUCGACCCGAGGAUAUUUAUGAGUUUAUUCAACGACGCGCUGAUUGGAAAAAGAUUGAGAAGACGGUAGACAAGACGAUGUAUAACCUGAGCUUCAAGGAAGAUUGUGUUGUUUGCUGA